CUCUAAACCGGAUGUCAACCGCCGCUAAAGAAGCAGAAGAAGAAUUGCGAAGACGAAGAAGAAGACAACAUGGCGUUCAGUUUUGGCGGCGCAGCGGCUAACCCUGCAGCAACUCUUACAGCUCCUGGUUUUGGGGCAGCCCCCACCGCUGCUGCUGCACCAGCCACAGGAUUCAGUUUUGGCUCCACCAACACUGGUACGUUUGGUGGCUUUGGGGCAGCUGCAACAACUGCACCUGCACCAGGAUCCACUUUUAGCUUUAGUACUCCUGCCAACACCACAGGAGGCCUGUUUGGUAACACACAGAACAAAGGUUUUGGGUUCUCCUCUGGGCUUGGUACCGCGGCUCCUGCUGGGGCAACAGGAUUUGGAACUGGAUUAGGAACAACAACCAUGGGAGGGUUUGGAGGUUUUAAUAUCCAGCCCACUCAGCAGCAGACAGGAGGCUUGUUCGGUCAGCCGGCCCAGCAGCAGCAGGCUCAGGCUCAGCCCUCCCAGCUGUACCAGCAGGUCACUGCUCUGUCAGCCCCCACCUUGUUAGGAGACGAACGUGACUCCAUCUUAGCCAAAUGGAACCAGUUGCAGGCUUACUGGGGCACUGGGAAGGGCUACUACAGCAACAACAACCAACCUGUCGACUUCACGCAGGAGAACCCAUUCUGCAGGUUCAAGGCGGUGGGCUAUAGCUGUGUCCCAGUGAGUAAGGAUGAGGAUGGUUUAGUGGCCUUACUUCUCAAUAAAAAGGAAGCUGAUGUGCGAGCGCAGCAGCAGCAGCUGGUGGAGACUCUUCACAAAGUCCUGGGAAGCAACCAGUCUCUCACUGUCAAUGUGGAUGGUGUCAAAGCCCUGCCCAAUGACCAGACUGAGGUGAUCAUUUACGUGGUGGAGCGUUCUCCUAAUGGCACCUCCAAGCGGAUCCCUGCCACCACACUCUUCAGUUAUCUGGAGCAGGGCAACAUCAAGGCCCAGCUCGCAUCGAUCGGAGUGGCCAUGUCGGGGACGCGCACAGAGCUGUCUCCAGCUCAGCUCAAACAGCUGCUGCAGAAUGCACCUGCAGGAGUGGACCCCAUCAUUUGGGAGCAGGCUAAGGUGGACAACCCUGAGCCAGACAAACUAAUACCAGUGCCCAUGGUGGGUUUCAAGGAGCUCCUUCGCAGGCUGCAGUUCCAGGAGCAGAUGACCAAACAGCACCAGACCAGAGUGGAUAUUAUUUCCGGUGACAUUAGUGAACUGCAGAAGAACCAGGCGACAACAGUGGCCAAGAUUGCGCAGUACAAGAGGAAGCUGAUGGAUCUCUCUCACAGGGUGCUGCAGGUGCUGAUCAAACAGGAGAUCCAGAGAAAAAGUGGCUAUGCUAUCCAAGUGGACGAGGAGCAUCUCAGAGUUCAACUGGAUACCAUUCAGUCUGAGCUGAAUGCGCCCACGCAGUUCAAGGGUCGGUUGAAUGAAUUAAUGUCUCAGAUCAGGAUGCAGAAUCACUUUGGAGCUGUGAGAUCAGAAGAGCGAUACAGUGUUGAUGCAGACCUCCUCAGGGAAAUCAAACAACACUUAAAGCAGCAGCAGGACGGGUUGAGUCAUUUGAUCAGUGUCAUCAAAGAUGACUUGGAGGACAUUAAACUCAUAGAGCACGGGCUGAGUGACAGUGGACACAUGAGAGGAAGCAUCCUGAGCUGAGUCUAUCCUGCCAACACACUCAUACACAUGCUCUGACUCAAAAUAAAUCCUAUAAAAAGCUGUCCUGCCUUUCACCAAGACGAGUCAUAUUAUCCUUUUUAUCAUGGGAGCAACAAGGUCAUGACAGAGGAUCUGAAUUUGGAGUAGAUACUCUCUUGAUCAGCAUUUUAUCAGGCCCUACUAUCUGUACAAAACAAGGAAGGUUUAUACCGAACUGAUAAAGAGUGGAAAGACUCAUCGUCGAACAACAUCUGGCCUACCUAAUGUUUAAUCAGAUUAUGUUUAUGAGACUAUGUUUGAGCCUGCCCUGUGAACAAAUCUUGGGAUUGAGUGUGUUGUGUUUGAAUACAUUGUAAAUACAACUUUGUAUUUCUUUUUUUAUGCUGUUAGAAUGUAAUAAAUGUCAGUUAAAUUGUCAACAA